AUGGAUGCUGGAAUCCACCCCCUUCAGGCUGCAUUCAAUGCUUUCCUGAUGACAAUUCCCCCAAACCAUCUCGAGGAACUAUUGAAGUACAUUCGAGACGCCCGCUCUCCUCAAAACAACCAGUUUGUACGCCGCAAUGGAAAUAAUCGUACUCGUUCUGAGAUGACUUCCGACAACCGUCGUGGUGCCGUGGUCCCAGCUGAUCCAGAGCCACGUACUCAGCCAGCGCGAGGAAGACGGGCCCCCGAAGGAAGGCGAAGACCUCUCAACAGUUUCAUUGCAUUUAGAAGCUAUUACUCCACCAUGUUUCCGGAUUUGACUCAGAAGACAAAGUCGGGCAUCCUUCGAUUCCUGUGGCAAAAUGACCAGUUCAAAGCCAAAUGGGCAAUCCUUGCAAGAGCAUACUCUAUCGUUCGUGAUGAUCAUGAAGACGAGGUCACUUUGGAAACCUUCCUGGGCCUGAAUGCUGGUUUUAUUGGCAUCAUUCCUCCCGGUCGCUACCUUGACGCCAUGGGCUGGCAACUUUCAGUUGAUGACCAACAGCAAUACACCAUGGCUCGUGUCGGGAAUCCAAAUAUCAACGAAGUCGACGUAGCAACUAACUAUUCUGUUGAUGACAUUGUCAAUAAUUGUUAUGAAAAUGACUAUGUCACUGCUGGAAAUCGCAGAAAUAGGGAUGGUCGUGGCCAUGCUCCUGUCAUGGCAUUUGCUGCUCAGCCAAACUUGAUCUUCCAUCAGAAUGAUAACAUUCAAAUCAGUGCCAAUGAUACCGUUGUUGUCGAUGUCGUCCAGUCGAACUUUGGUACGGGAUUGAUUCCCAAUGAGCGUGAUGAAGAAAUAGCCACUGAUGAUGGUGAUUUGACUGUGACUUCUGACGAGCCUAUUGGGUUUUCCAUGGAAGAUGCUGUCGAUCCCGAAAGCAUUAACAUUCACGGGGCUGGACAAGAGCCGAUGGCUCAACCGAAUUUCAAUCUUGAUCUCGACGACUUCAAUCUUCCAGACAUUUAUGAAGAUAAUUUGUUUCUUUUCGAGCCAACCCUUCGAGGACAGGUGUGUCCGUUCGAUCCUGCUUUCAAGGCUUUACAAUUCGACAACUUGGCCGACAUCUAA